AUGAGAGGACCUCGUAAAGGUUAUACAUCGUCAUUUGCAGCAGCUGCCAAGGUUAUUUUUGACUCGGCGCGGAAGACAGGUGUAGUCAACAAACUCGAGAGGAGUGAUAAACCGAUAAUACAUUAUCGUAAAGGGAUUCAUGGUCAGAACAAAGCACAUGGUAGUUCUCUUGGGGGUGUGUCUUAUAAAGUGGUAGAGUUUCUCGCUACACAAAGGCCAUCAUUACCUUUGAAGCAGCAACCAUCAGUGAAAAGCUUUUCGAAAAAAGUGCCGCAUCUCGACAUUCCAUCUAUUGCUUCACCGGUAAAAAUUGACAGCUCUUUAUCGACGUAUGCGAUAACGGCAACAUCCGCAGCGGAUAAGAAAAAAGAUUCCUCUGAAAAAACAGGUAUCUCAAAAACUGUUGUUUCUUCGGUGGAACAAAACGCUAGUCGUAAAGACGAGACACAAACUCAGACGUUCCGAGAAGAAGAUGAAUUCUCGAACAUUUUUGAAGAGAUACCUAUUGCAGAGGACAAACCAUUGUUUGAGACGCGUUCCACGCUUUUCACACCUCAGACAAAUGUUGCUACUGUAAAAACAAUUGACGAGUUUGUCCCAAACCGUCUUUCCGAGAAAGCGAGUAGUUCCCCCCCUAUAAAUGCGCCCGUAUUUGAUAGCAUUUCAGCCAAUGAACAGACGUUUUUCAAGGCUCCAUUGCCUAAUAUCGAGGUUGAAACAGUUUCUGUCGACUCCUGGGAGAAACAACGGGAGGCAGAGCUAGCCGAAUUACAACGGAAAAGGAAAGAAGAGGCGGAUCUUCUUGCUGCUGCCCAACUGGAGAGAGACCAUCAGACUCUAGGAAAUUGCUGGGUUGCGGAGAGAACGGAGGUUGUGACUGAAGCACAGUACCUUCCGGGGCAGAUGAGCAUACUACGUGACAUUUACUUUUCUACAUCGAUCGAGGAGUCCCUAAGGCUUUUUAAAACUAUUAUUGAUCUCGGCAGCCAGGCUGCUUUGGUCAUCCCUGCUGCAAGCCUUCAGCUACUCUCCAAGUUGCGUCGUCUUGACUGUUUCGAGCGAUAUGAGUUUACUGACCAGUUUGUGAAGCUUCUUGAAUCCUCAAAGGUAAGCGAGGACGUAAAGAAUAAAUUGAAACUUGUAGUGUAUGGUGGUCAAAAUUUCAUAACUAUCUUUAAUGCCUUGAGCGAAGAUUCGAAAAAAACUUUAGAUAAAACGCUUGUUAAGAAGGCCGUCAUCACCCUUCUACGUCAUAAAAGUUGGGAAGAGGCUAUUCGUCUUGUUGAAACUUCCAAGACCCUUGCCGCGGACCCCACGAAUCAGCUCGACAUCAUUUUAGUUAAGCACUCAUACUACCUGGAUGAUCAAGCAAGGGCAGAGGUUGUUGCGUUCGCUACUAAAAACAUAACCGCAACAGGGCGUAUGGGCAAGGAUGCAAAGCUUGCGCUUGCGUCUGCUGAGAAAGGCUUCCAGCGUAAGCAUCUCUUGCAACAACUUGCCUCGUCCACAUCCGCAGAUGAAAACGAGUACGCAGAGCUCAUUCGUCGAACAAGCCGUGAAAAUAUUCAAGAGUUGCUUUCUGAGAUGGUAAAACGCGGACUUAACAAAAAUGAUCCAAAGAUUCUUGAAGCAGUUGCCUUCAGAACUAUCAACACCGAGGCUCCAAUGCUUGUUUUUAAAGAAAUCGAUGAGCAAAUUCGAUGCAACGGAAUACGGCCAAUGCAUGUUCUCGUUGCUAUUAAGGCCGCAAGAGUAUCACCGAGGGAAGAUGUUUUGCGUGCUGCCUUAAAGAUUGUCAAGCUCAUCCCGGGCUUCAGACCGGCUAACACCCUUCGAAGCCUUACGCCUCUUCUUUUCACGCACAAGAUGUACUCAGAAAUAGCAGAACUCGCCGACACUUUUGGGAAAUAUGUACCAAUUCUAAAAGCUUUGCCCAAUGUUGUUGCUCUGAUAAAUGAUGCCCUACGAGAUUUGGGUCGGGAGCCUCUUUCCGAGUUGUCUUCCAAGGACAUCAAUUUUUCGCCUCGAGCCCUCAACAUAGCUGUGGACUCUGAUUAUAGUUCCUCUUCCAAUGCAAAUCCUGGCGUAGAUGUGUCCGCUAUUGCAGAGACGAUGUUUAUUUACGCUAGGGAUAAGCAGUGGGAGAAGGCACUCGAGACACUCGCUCAAGUUAAGGGAAUAAAGGCUAGCAACGUCGAGGCGUUGACAUUGAUUUACAAUUGUGCCCUGGGCGCGGCUGUUGACAAACCGGAUGUGUCACUUUCCGUGUAUGAAAUUAUGAGGGAAAGGGAAGUCCCGAUAAAUGUGACCACUGUGAACACUCUUCUUACCACUCUUGGGAAGUCUCCGCAAUGGGAAAGGGCAAUCGAGAUUUUCAACGAGCUUGACGUGGCGUAUAGAGACGUCAACACAUACCUAAUCAUUUUAUCGGUAUUAGGUAGACACAAUCGAUGGGAGGAUGCAAUUUCAGUUUUCAAUCAGGCGAAGAAAGCAUUUAAUAAGCCUCCUUUGUCAGUUUUUACCUUGGCUAUUGGGGCUGUUUCAAACCACAGCUGGUCUGAAACGCUGCGAAUCUUUCAAGAGCUGAUGCGACAUCAUAGCUCCAGUGUUAAAGAUAAUGUCGUUUAUCAAGUUAUUCGUUGCCUUGAGCAAAAUGGCCGUGCCGCGGAAAUUGUUGUGCUCCAGAAACUACUCGAAAAGAAAAGGAAAAAGAAAACGUAG